AUGGUCGACGAAAAACCCACGAAAAAAGUUCAACAAACGAAGGUAAAAGAAUGUCGCUUUGAAUUGAUUGUUAGUUUCUCGAUAAAUUUGGAUAAACCUCUUGAAUCCAUGAAGAUUGGAGACAAAGUGCUCGUCAAAGAUGGAAUCAAUUCUAAAACUGGCAAGAGUGUCGAACACCCAGCGAAAGUGGUGAAUAUCGACCGAGAAUUGCGCCGCUUCAAAGUCCACUACUUGGGCUGGCGAAAGAGCUACGAUGUGGAGUUCGACUUCGACACGACUGAAGUCGUCUUUUCCAAUGCGCCGGAGCCCGUGAUGAUCGAGCCGCGCUUCAAGCCCGAGGAGAAGAUCAUCGCGCUCUUCCGCAAAGACGGGCAGCGCUACGCCGGCGUCAUCAAAAAGGCCGACGCCAAUCCGGUCACUCCGAUGUACGUUGUGCGCUUCUACGACGGGGUUCGUCAGUCCAAAACGCCCGAGACGGACAUUUCCCCCUACAGCGAGGAGGAAGCGCAAAAGGGCAUCGAAUACGCAAACGAGCAGUACAACAAGCCCCACGUCAACAAACUCAAAUUACUUAAUCCCGAAGACUUGACCGAGGAGGAUUAUAAUCAAAAAAGAACUACCCGACGAGGCGGCAGCUCGAACACUUCUCCAGUGAGCUCCACUUCUCGAUCACGAGGCUCCAGCAGAGCAUCCCGAUCUCAACGCUCCGCAAAGCCCUCUCCAGCCAACUCUAGAAAGCCAAGCCUGACGGAAAUGACCCCUGAGCCAGAAGUUGAAACUCCCGCUGUAAAAGACAAAACUCCAGAAAGAACAGUAAAGAAAACGCCGGCGAAAAGUAACUCCAAGUCAAGAUCGAAGACUCCAGUUAAAACUCAAACUCCAGCUAGUCCAAAGAAAGCAGCAAAAAGAGAAUUGGAAAGACCAGCCUCUCCUGUCUCUGAAAUUCUUGAUCUGACAACUGAAGACUCUGAAAAUGACUCGAAAAAGAAAGAAGAUGAAAAUGCGCGGGGACGAUCAAAGACCAGAAAGUCGACCACUACCAGCAAACCAGCUUCCAUUUCGCCCAAAAAGAUCGACUCGCCGAAGAAAAAUAAAAAUGAUGCUGUCAUCGUCAAGGAGGAUUCACCAAAAACGCCUAAACGAACACUACGAAGCGCUAUACCUGAAGCAGCUGAACCUGAGCAAGAAGAGAUGACCGUCGAGAGUCCGGCCAAGUCUAGAAAAAUAGAAGAAAGCGCAUCUCGACGAAGCAGUCCUCGAAAAGCAGGAAAGAUUGAAGAGAAUCACUCGGUAAAUGAACCGAAGAAACCGGAAGAGGAGAAAUCAAUCUUGACGAAUGUGAAGAAAGAGACUCGUCGUGUUUCGAGGCGAUCGGUAGGAAAUGCUCCUCCCUUGAUAAAGUCUGCUUCUGCCCCAGCGAUAGGCCGAGCACGUAGCACUCGUCAAGCUUUGCCAGCGCCACUGUUGCCAGCGUUGCCGCUUGGAAUAGGAAAAUCUCUUCUUUCGCCUGCGAGCUCCAUUGAUAGCAGCCCCUCACCUUCGAGACGAUCGAAGAGAAUCCCAACUGGCGCUGAAUUGCUGCAGACUUUGCUUGGUGCGGAUGGCUAUGGGAAGAAAGUGCGCAUUUUCUCGAUGGGCGGCUGGUAUCAAGCGAAGAUCAUCGCCCCGCCCCGGAACAAGAAAGGAGAACUAACCGUAGAAGAUCGCAAGAGCACUCAUCUUUAUGUGCAUUUCUGCAACUGGCCACAGCGCUUUGACGACUGGUUCGAGUGCACACCGGAGUUCGUCCAAUACGAGCCUGUAGUCGAGGAAGCCCCAGUAAAACACACCUUUAAAAUCGGAGAUCGCGUGCUCGCCGAAUGGAAGGCGCAAAAGAACAGCGAAGGCCGUUGGUUCGCCGCUACUGUUGUCGGCCUCCCUCCUCGCCACUAUGAAGUUCUGUUCGACGACCAGGUCAAGAGUACCGUCACUUUUGAUCGGGUGAAAGCGAUGAGUGCCAAAGAAGAAAAGAUCGCGAACAAGACUUUGGCGAAUUUCUUCAAAGAACUUAGCGGUGAACUGCCCGUCCCAAUUGAAGAGACUUUGGAAGACCUAGAUCCGGAAUCGAAGCCAGUCCGACAGCGAAGGUCCAUCUACGGUUCUCCUACAAAGCGACAAGCAUCGCCAAUUGUCUCUCCAAAUGUCACUCAACGCAAACGAGCCAAAACUGAUUCUGUCGUUGAUGAAAAUGAAGAAACUCCCGCUCCCGUCAAGCCAGCAGAUGUGCAAGAAGAUGAAGAAGUGCCAGCGCCCAAGAAUCUUAGAUCGAAGGCAACGGAGCCAAAGACAGAAGAGAAGGAAGUCAAGAAUGUUCCCAAGGCUCUGGCGACCCAAACUGUGGCACAGAAGGAAGCAAAAGAAAACUCGAAGGAAGAACAAAAGGUCACGGAAAUAGAGGACUCAUCAUCAAGUCUUUCCGUCGAUUUGACCGUCGAAAAAGAGAAGCCACAGAGAGGGCGCAGCCGUCUGGCAAAAGAACUUGAGCAGAUUCGAAUUAAGGCUGAGAGAGAAGGAGUCGACCUAGAAAAGAACUCGAGUAGACGAAAAACAUCGCGUCGAGCAUCUGUUUCAGCCAUGCGUUCUCCGUCCCCAGCGAGGUCGAAAAGAUCAGCAAGUCCAGCCCUUUCGAUUGGAUCAAACGACUCCGGCACCAUCAAAACCCGAACCCAAGAGAAGGUCCCAAUUACACUGCCAGAUUAUGACGUCGGCGAUCUUCUUUGGUGUCGAUGGACAGACUGUAGAGUUUACGGAGGCGUCGUUAUUUCCGUCAACGAGAAAAACUAUUCUGUGCGUUUUGCCCUGGACGGUCUUGAAUUCAAAAUACCUUUUCCGCAAGUUGAAGGGUACUGGCAGCCAGAACUGAGGCCUCAAGAAGACUUCCACUUCUUUUACGAAAAUCUUUACAAGGAAAAAGACGACCAAAGAGUGAAAUCGGCGCUCAUCGCUGCAAAGGCAAAGUACGAGGCACUCAACCCACCAAAAAAAUCGAAAAAGAAUGCGAAGGACGCGAAGAAAGAGGCAGUUGAAACGACUCCAGCGCCAAAAACGAACGCGCCAAAGUUAAAGCCAACGGCAACGAAGCCUCCAACGAAGCUAACCUCGAAAUCUAGCAAAGACAAAUCGCUCGGCAGUCUAGUCCAACGACUGGCGAAAAAGAAGGAAGAGGAAGAAGGUGCACUUUUGCCAAUAGCUGAAGCGCCAGCUAAAGAGCAAGCAGCCCCAGUAUCGGGACAGAAAAAAUCGCGAAAAACAUCGAAACCGAGUCGAUUGUCCCAAGAACCCGUCAUUCAAAAGCCAUUAUCGCUUUUGGAAAAGGCAGAGAGGGCGGCUGAACUUCCGAAAAAAGAGCUGGAAGAAGGCAAAGAGGUUCCAAAGGAAAAGGAAGCUGUUGCUAAAGAGAAGAAAACUCCCGUCGAAGAAAGCUUCGCUGUUGGUAAUGCCAAAACUAUCGCCAAUACAGAUGUGGAAUCGUCUAUGGAUAUAACUGUGGAUAAGGAUGAAGACCAGGACACUCCAGCACAAUCCCAGACAUCCACUGACUCGCAAACGACUCCAGAAGAGAAGCUGCCGUCUUCCCCAGUCAAGUCACCAGUCAGACGAUCUCGACGGGUGCGUGAGAAGAGCCAGACGGAAUCUGAAACAGCCGCUAGCCCAGCUCGAGCACCAUCCCCAGAGAAGCCAGUGGCUGCUCUUCCGAGAUCGAAGUCUCCAGCAGCAGUAUCUACGGAAGAACGAUCCAUCACUUCUCCAAAGAAGAUUACUUCACCCGCUCGUGCUCGUGUGACGCCUAAAGCGGAGCCAGAGUCGCCAACAAAAACAGUUCUCCCACCGGACACAAAAGAAAUCAUCAGAGAAAUUCCAGCUUCUCCGGAGAAACCACUUUCUCCAGCUGCAAGAGGCCGAUCGUCUUCUCCAGCAAAAGCACGAUCUCCUGCCCGAAAUCAAAAGCAACACACUUCGCCAGCUCGUGCAAAAUCCCCGGCACAAGCGACUCCUGCGGAUUUGAAAUCGCCUGGACGGCCGGCGAAAUUGCAGAAGCAAAAGUCUCCUGCUCGCGCUGCGGCCCCAAAGCUAGCAGAAAGCGCCUCAGCUCCAGUUCAACCUCAAGAAGAAGCAGCGAAAAAAGGAGAAGAUAUAAUUGCCACUCGAACUCGUCGUCGAACCAACACUGUUACUUCUUUAUCACCCUCUCGGUCACCUGCCGUCAGAGGACGAAAGCGAAAGAACUCCGAGGCAAAAGCCGAAACGCGUGUUUCAAAGCUGCGAAAAACAUCGAUUUCCGCUCAACCAUCUCCAUCCAGUUCUCCGAUCCAAGAAGCUCCUACUUUCGAUGCGUCGGAAAUGGUGAAAGAUCUGCUCUUCGAUCUACUUGGCCAGGUGAUCAAGAAGAGCAACGCGAAGACAUAUCGACUGAAAGCGAAGGAGAAACGGGAGGCUUUGGCGAAGGCUCUUAAAAAUAAGAAGGAUCAAGAAUUGACCUUGGCAUCAGGACCAACCCGCCAUCACUGUCCGGUGAACGACUGCGAAAAGAGUUUCAGAAAAGAGACUGGUUUGGCUAGCCAUCUGAGGCAUUAUCACAAGGAUUAUCUUCGGGAGAACUACGCUGAGGAGUUUGGAAGCACCGAUGACGAGUCAGCGAUGGAAGUCGCUUCGGCAGAGUCGGCUGAUGAAGGCGAGGAAAGCUGGGCACCCGCUCCUGCCGUGGAGAAUGAACAGACGGAACAGACUGGAGCGAUUCUUGCACCAGCAAUUCCAGAGCCUCCUCAGGAAGUAAAAGACCCUGAAUAUCGCACUCUGCCGACUACUGGGUCGCUGCAUGAUAUAGUGAUCCCUGAAUUCCCCGAUGACAUCUUCAACGAGAUCGACAUGACGGAUUCGGCGCUAAUGAAUGAUUCAGUGCCAAAAACAAUGUACAGGUGCACCUGCGGGUGGGAAGGCGACCAUGAGUUUUAUCAAAGCGAUUACUACAAAGGUCACAAUAAGCGAAUCUACCGGCGCCACUGUUGCAAGCGGCCUCGUGCUGCUAGAAACCUCAAAUCCACACAUCAGCUAAAGGAGAAAAAUCGCAUGAUCGAUCACGGCGACUACUUUGACGGUCUUAAGUCUUCGUACUGGACGAAUGAGUCCGUCGUCGAAAUCUGUAAAAUGUUGAACCAGGGGAUAAACGCCGAGUUCAACGGACGAAAAAAGCGCGACGGUAUGGUCGACGAGAUUAAAAAUGAUCUUGCCACGCAGGAGCUACCUCCCGGCAUUUCUAUGGAAGAUUAUAAACAAUUCGUCGAUAAACUUUAUAAACACGAGAGGGAGCUCGCCUCCCCUCACCCAUCUAGCGCUGAUGAGACUUCUAGCCUCGCUGAAGCUACUCCAUCUUCUAAGGGAGAUCCUAAAGAAAAACGUGACUCGUCGAAAAACGCCGUCACUGACUCUCUUUCUAGCCCCAACUGCCUCUUAGCUUUCGACAACCCGUACCAAGAUAUUGACGACAGGACCGUCAAUUGGCUCAGCUCGAAUCCAAAUGACACGAGCUCUGAUUUCAUUCAAUACAGCGCUGAGCCGAGGGAUCCGGAAAAUGAGCCAUGUCCUGUUGUGUACGAAGAUCCGACAAGGAUCUACCUCAACUCGGCGCCGAGUAAUCCGCCAGAACAACCCCCACCCGUCAAGGACGCUGCCCAAGAACUUCAGGAGCUCUUUGACAAGGCGGGCGUCACAGUUGUUCCUAACGAUCAACCCUCCGAAAUCGACCGUCCAGGCCCGUCCGGCAUCAAAGAAAUGAACAUGUUGCCAGCUUCCGAAGUGCCGCCGACAAAUAGACCACUGCCUGUCUACGUAAUCAAUCAGAACGCCGGCACUAUAAAAGAGAAAAAAGUGCAAGAAAAGGAAAACGCACAGCUUGAUCCUUCGAUGAUCGCUGGUCCCUCAGGUCUCAAUCAAAUGGGCACUUUACCUUCCGCAGAAAAACAGGAUAAACCCUUCAGUUUGGACGAUAUCGUUAUGGAGGUUCUGCAGCCAGUUACACCUUCUAGCGUCACAAGUUCCAUGUAUAACUACGACGACGGCAACAGUACCUCGGAUCCAGCUUGGAAAACCGAGAAGAUCUUAAAGAAGGAAAAGAAAGAAAAAAAGAAGAAGAGCGAAAGGAGGGAACGUCGAAAACUCCAGAAACUGGAGAACGUCGACUUGUCCAAGUACGACCAGCAAUCCGCCGCAAUUUUAGAGAAUUUCAAAGAAAAGAAAGUUUCGCUCGACAGAACUAUCGAGCAGGUGAAAAAAGACGACGAGCGGAGCAAGGGUUUGAACGAGACGGUGGAAUUGAUCAAGUUCCAUCACACCCAGCGACCGAAGCCGAAAGUAGAAGAGCCGAAGAAGGUCAAGGAGCGAAAGCCGAAAGAAAAGAAAAAGAAGAAACAGCCAAAGCCAGAGGAAACAUUUAGCAGCCUAUUUGGGGAAACUCUAAUGGCUCCGUCCAAAAAGAGAAAGGAGGAACGGCCUCGAAAGCCCUCGAAGGAAGAAAAACUCCUGAAACGCUUCCAAGAGGGCCAAUUUGCACGCAAGCCUUCCAAGUGA